UGCAAAUGUAACCUAGUAGUGAAGUUAUCAUGUGACAGCAACAAACUUCCAACACACUCAAAGGCAGGAACAGCCAGCGGGCGUGCGACCCUUGAAUCCAAUGGUAUUUUGGGAAAAAAUGAAGGUGUUAACAUAAUAAACUGCACGAUCGCAAAGUUAACUGUGUAUGAAGAUGCACCAGAACCAAUCACAUGUAGCAGACUAACAACAAACGGGACUAACAUUUGGCGACAUCAUGACGAUCAGAAGAUAAUAGGAGAGUGCAGUGCUGAGGGGAACUGUACAAAUUAUUUCAACAGGACCUGUUGGCUCAGCAGGGAUCCAUUUUCAACUGAAAGUCGACUCACAAUUAUCAGUGAUUUUCGAGAAUUCAGCUCAGUCCGCAUCAGUUGUGAGGACAAGGAAAGUAAAACUAGCCACAGAUGUAUAAUAAUUAUUAAACGUCAGCCUGUUCUCAGUGACUGUCAAGUACACACGACCAGUGGAAAUGUUUCUGGAUCUUGUUUUGCCGACAAGUUUUUCUCAUCUGAUGGUCAUUAUUCCUGCAACUGGAUGAUGAAAGGUCCGGAAGGGCAAAGGAAGCGGAUUACACCUGGAUUUUGGGGAAACACAAAGAUCUGCAACAAAGACUACUGCUGGGGGACUUGCUCUUUCUCACAUCCUCUACCUCAGGAGAAGGGAAUAUACAACUACACGAUUAUAGUCCUUGAUUCUCCUAAAGGAACAUUCUCGCAGCAAGUUAUCAUACGUGUUAAAAUUAGUAAAUGCGCCAUCAACAAAAUUGCGUUGUAUAGAGAUGCACCUGAGCCGAUCACGUGCACAAAUCUCACAAGGGACGGCGCAAACAUUUGGCGACAUCACGAUGACAACCACAUUAUUGGAGAAUGCACAGCUGAGGGAAACUGCACUAAUUAUUUUAAGGAAACUUAUGGAAUCAGUAGGAGAGCACAGUCGACAGAGAGUCAACUUGUCAUCUUCUCAAACUUCACAGACCUUAAAGCAGACCGCAUCACUUGUGAGGACAAGGGAAACAACAAUAGUCACAGCUGUGUACUCGUCAUCAAACAUCACCCUUCUCUCCGCAAAUGUCGAGUUGAUGUCAGCGCCACUAGUGGCUAUGUUUCUGGAUCCUGCUUUGCAGACAACAUUUUUACCUCUGACGGCCUGUAUGCUUGUGACUGGAGAGUGAAAAGUCCCGAGGGAAAAGUAUCAGGAAAAAAACCCGGCUUUUGGGGAAAUACCAUGUCAUGCAAGGGAGACCACUGCUGGGGCACUUGCUCUUUUUCACAUCCACAGCCGCAGGAGAAGGGACUGUACACAUACACAAUUAUGGUUCUUAAUUCUGACAGAGGGGUAUACUCACAGAAUAUUUCAAUAGACGGCAGUCUAUCAGACGACAAACACGCGAAUCACGUGAACAGAAUCAUUGGCGUGUUGGUACCUGUAACCAUAGUUACUGCGGCUGUAAUUACCUUGAUUGUUGUGGUCACAAAGAGGAGAAACCAGAUUAAAAAUGUUGAACAGCCAAUAAAUCUUCCUGAAGCCCCUACCGCAGAAGAUGCAAGGAAUUAUUCCAGAGAACAAAAUGGAAGGAUCUGUCGUGAAGAUGACACUGACUGUUACCACGUGGUUUGUGAUGCCAUAGACAUUGAUUACGAGAUAGUCGAUGACUGUUACCACGUGGUUUGUGAUGCCAUCGACAUUGAUUACGAGAUAGUCGAUGACAAAAAUCCCUACGAUAGAAUAUUCGAUGACACGAACUCAAGCGAAAACUCUUUGUCACUGCAUUCAGAGAAACAACCAACAGACUUGGAGGUUAAUGUUUGAUGUGAAAGGGAUCUGAACAAACUGCUGACUU